UUUGCUUCAGUCUCGUUAUGACCGGACAGGAAAGAGAAAUAUUGCAACGCAGUAAAUCUCAAAUCCAUUUCGGUUCUGCUACUUUUCCUUUCAUACCACAAAUUCUUUACCAGCAUCGCCUACUUAUUCAUUUAUUUUCAACCAUCUUAUUAGGAUUUGACCUCGACUUGCUACAACAAAUGCGAUCAUGACAGAUAGAGAUACAAUCAUGAAUGAUAGAGAUGGUACUCAACGCUUCAAAAGUGUUUUGGAUGUCGAAAAACCUUCAUAUACUCUUGUCUCUUUUAAAGAAGUUCUAGAUAUUUCAUCAGAUGACGAAUCUGCAGACAGUGAUGACCUCAAUUCUUUCCAGCCGGCUCCAUCAUGCAUUAAUAAUAUGAAGGUGUGUAUUAUUUCGGCCUGAUUCUGAGCAGUAGCAGAGAUUAUUUGUUAAUGAUAGUUAUCACAGCAAGCUGUCGCUCCAAACUAUACAUCAUUGGUUGAAGGAAUUUUGAAUGAGCAUCGUCGAGAGCAUGACCAAACAAGAGUUCAAAGAGGUAGAAUCAGAAAACCAAAAGGUCGGAAGUCGGUAAACAACAAUGAAAGUAUUGCCCAAAGAGUUGUUGGACGUCGUCCACUUAUGUCUGUUGAAGAGAAUGGACAAAUGCGACCUCCUGCUUCUGCUUCCAACCCUCCAGAUAGAGCAGCUCGAUCUGUUCAUCAACCUCAUGUUUCAAUUCCCCAAUCUAGAGAAGUUCGAUCAGGUCCAGGACAAAUUCCUCAAUAUGGCCUACGCCGAAUGAGAGAAGAUCCAUACACUUACAAGAGUUUACAUGCGAAGGGUAGGUAUUCAUUUGACUCCGAUGCACAUUCCAAUGUACCAGCUAAUUUGAGCUUUCCAUGUAGUGGUUCGCCACCGUUCCGAUACUACAUACCUGAGACGUCCUGAUCUUCCCUGUCUACCAUUCGUACUUCAAAUAACGAUUCUUCGAUCUCUACAAAGCGCAUUGGAAUCUAUGUGCUAUCGAUUCGUCCAAAAAUGGCUGCCCAGAAUAUUGGUAGCAAAUGAAUGGGACUGUCCUGAGAAUAUUGAGUUGAAUUUAUGGUGGAAAGCAAUCGACGAAUGUCAUAUACCCAUUGAAGCCAUCGGUCCUCAACCAAGCCGCCCACUCAAUGCUAUCUUCCGUCGCGUGCAAAAUAUUCGCCAUCUUGCAGUACAUAGGCUUCCAGACAUUUCAAUUGCCAACAUUCAGGAUAUGAUCAUAGACGCCCUCGAUAUCGCAAAAGUGUUUCGCGACGAUUCUUUGGUCCCAAAGCUCAAGCUCUGGAGAGAGAAACUCAAAUAUUUUUCGGAGUUAAUUAGAGAUUCACAGGGUAGUUUGGAUGUGGCACGGAAAAUUGAUUCUAUCCAUACUUUAAAGGAGGAUAAUAUAAGGAUUCAGGAAAAACUUCGCAAAGAUGUUGAGGCUCUCAAAAACGAAAUUCUGGUAAAGGAACAACAGAUCAGUACUUUGCAGGGAGAGUAUAACACUCAUCUUAAGAAGGAGAACGACAUCAUAAAGAGAGCUCGUACUGGUGACAGGCCCAUUAUUCAAGAGGCUGAGCCGCUUGGAAAUUUCAAAUGGCUUGAAAAAUGCUUUACUUUGGCUCUCGACAGAGAUGCACCUAAUCUCAAGCCGGCGGAAAAUCUUUCUGGCGAGGUCAUCCGAAUACAAAAUAUCGGUGCCACGCCCUUUGUCCAGGCCGUGCCUAACAAUGCUGGUGUAGCCAAUAUGAACGUCGAAAGUAGGAUCAAUCUGGGGCCUGUGGCCGGUGGAAGUAAUCUCGCAAUCAAUCCUAAUCUUUCUCACGGGCCUGAUAUCAAUGGCACUCCUCAUGUGGGUUUAUUAAGAGCAGGUAGUACACCUGCAAUGAUCCCCAUACCUGGAGCGAAUGAUGUGUUGUAUACUCAUGUGCCAAGUAAGUUGGUUGGAAUUCCUGGUCUUGGUCGAAGAACUGUAACCGGUCCCACUCUUUCAUCGCGAGGAAGACAGCCAAUUCCUGCGACAGCGGUCAUUAUCGAUCUCACCGAUGAAGAUUAUGAUGUUAUGGCUGAAUAGUGAUUGUUUUUGGAUAUGUUUUGUUAUGGUGUUUCAGAGAUGCUGCACUUCAGAUAGGUUAGGUUACAUACAUAGCGGUGUUAAAUCCUAAAUACAAACAUGAAGAUUGAUGUUUUAGUUUAACUUUACUAUGUAUGGCUGUAGGAACUUCCUUUUAUUGAUGAUGCCUUGAGGUGAUGCGAGGACAAAUCUUUGAUGUGUGGUUCAGGAGUUGAGAAGGGGAGGGUGUUGCUGUGACUGCUAGACUAGGACACCUAGUCUUUG